GAAAAAACAAGAGCCCUGUUCUGCAGCGGCUCCUCAGGGGACAAUGACACUCAGGAGCCGCUUCUGGAGAACUUUGAGGAUGUGAAAAGUAGGUGACAUGUUGGGGUUUCUCACAGCAGACGUGUUAGGAGCAGACAUGAGGGAAAUAAGAACCUUGUUGUUCUGGCGGGCCGUGGCUGCAGAGUUUCUCGGUAUGUUGCUGUUCAUAUUCGUCGGCUUGUCGGCCAUCAUCGGGAAGGGCGAGAGCGGCUUUCGCGAGGAGAAUGUUGCUCAGGAGCUGAAGGUCUCGCUGGCCUUCGCCCUGGCCAUCACCACCCUGGUUCAGAGUUUGGGGCACGUCAGUGGAGCUCACCUGAACCCUGCAGUCACGCUGGGCCUGCUGGCCAGCUGCCAGAUCAGCGCCCUCAGGUGUGUGUUCUACAUCCUGGCACAGAUGCUCGGGGCAGUUGCAGCGAGCGCAAUAGUGAAUGGAUACAGACAUAAAGAUUCUCUUGGGGUUAACCAGCUAAAUAAUGUGACUGCAGGACAAGGCUUUGCCAUCGAGUUCCUCGCCACCCUUCAGCUGGUGCUGUGUGUGAUCGCUGUGACUGAUAAGCGACAGAGUCAUGCCAAAGGCUUUGCACCGCUGGCUAUCGGGCUGUCAGUGGGGCUCGGUCACUUUGCAGCUAUAAGUUUCACUGGAUGUGGCAUCAAUCCUGCUCGCUCCUUUGGCCCGGCUGUAAUUCGUAGUCAAAUGAAAGACCACUGGGUUUACUGGCUGGGCCCGAUGAGCGGAGGAAUGGCAGCUUCUCUCAUCUACGAUUUCCUCCUGUUCCCACGAACACCAAACUUGAGAACUCGCACAUACGUCCUGCUUCACGGUGCGCAAGAUGAAAACGCUGCCAUUGAAACAACUGGGGAGGACAACGGCAGCCCGGGGCCGAGUCAGUGGCCGAAACAAUAAAGAGCAUGAAACAUUUUAACUUUUCUGGCUGUCAGCACAUUAAUAAACAACAAAGAUGCUUUUUAAAAUUACAGCUGGUUUCAUUUUUAAUUGUGCAAUGUGUUUUUUUUUUAUGUCAGUGCAUUUCAUAUAAUAAAGCUCCAUCC